AUGGAACUAUGUGUGGAAGAUAAUGUAUGCAAUGCAGCGAUAUCAAUAUGCCAAGUCCCCGGUAGAGGAUUAUUUUGCUAUGGGAAUCACCCAGGGAAAGGAACUGCAUAUAUCUUACAAUCUGAAUACUCAAUUGAAAAACUUGAAUCUGGACCUCCAUAUGGAAAUAUAAGCCCUGCACUAUACGAAGAUUCCAUAUAUCUUUUUGGGGGAUGAGAUUCCACUGGCUUACCUUUUAAUAAAGCUAUUAAAUACAGUUUGCAAAACAACAAUUGAUCAACUCUAAGCGAUUUAAAAGUGAAUUUAUCAUUUGUUUCAAAUAUUGUCACCAAUGAAGGGAUAUUAUUAGUUGGAUACCAGAGCGCCAAACUCUAUAGAUAUGAUAUUGAAUCCGACUCGUACUUUGAGCUGGCUUCCUUUGUUGCAAGUACCUGGAAAAUAUUAUGCAACUCUUCGAACAGAAGUUUUCUUAUUGAAUCUUCUGGAAAUAUAUAUGAAAAUAAUCCAAGAUGAUUGAGUAACUGAAUUGCAAUACAAAAAUUUACAGAUCAGAUAAGUAGAGCUCCAUUAACAUAUUAUGCAACUUAUGAGGAUUCUGCAUAUUUCUUAGAUGAAGCUUGCAAUUUUUUCAGAUUUAACUUCAAUAGCUUGACAUUAAGCAAGGUUAUAACUCAUAAAUAA